AUGUCGAGGAAUUAUGACUAUGUCUUCGACUGGGAAUUCAAGACAUGCGGCGCCAUCAAAGUUUGGGUAGGGUUCACCGGAAUGAUGGAAGUCCGAGCCACAAGUUACACUCAUGUGAAUCAGAUAAGAGGUAAGCAGCACGGAGAGUUGGUGGCACCCAAUACUAUCAGUGUCUCCCCUGACCACUACAUUAGCUAUCAUCUUGACCUCGACGUCGCCGGCACGGCUAACUCCUUUGUGAAGGCCAACCUCAAGAUAGUGACGGUGAAUGGUGGAAGUACGCCGAGGAAGAUCUACUGGACUGUCGUCAAAGAGACGGUGACCACUUAGGCCGAUGGUCGCAUGAACUUCAACACAGCGCCGCCAGUAGAAUUGUUUGUUGUGAACCAAGAUGUGAAGACUAAGCUCGGCAACAUGGUUGGCUAUCGCCUCAUCAGCAGUAGUGCGGCAGCUACCUCUCUUUUGAUUGAUGAUGACUACCCGCAAAUUAGAGCAGGUUACACCAAGAAGCAAUUGUGGGUGACGCCAUACAACAAGAAAGAUAAGUGGGUUUCCGGGCUCUAUGCAGAUCAGAGUAGCGGGGAUGAUAACUUGGCAGCUUGGAGCAUGAGGAAUCGAUCCAUCAACAACACAGAUAUUGUAUUAUGAUAAACUGUAGGCAUACAUCACUUUCCAAGCCAAGAGGAUUUUCCAUUGUCGCCGAUGUAAACCUGUGAGUUUGAGCUUCGUCCAUUUAACUUCUUCGAGAGAAAUCCGUUGAUCAAGACGCAGCCUUUCAAUAAGGAAUAUCGGGUGAACUAGGUAAAUGCAAGACGAUAUCAGGAUUACCGUUUGAUUGUCGUCGAGUACUUUGAUUAUGUUUGCCGUAGUUUCCACUUCCCAUGUAUGCCAGAGGCUAGAAAUAGUACUUAUGCACUCUCUAGGCAGCUAUUAUAUUUUCAUUUAGUGAAUCUAGUUUCUGUUGGUUGCAAUUA